GUUUUGCUCUCUCCAUUACAAUGUCUCUAAAAAUUGUGGAUCCUCCUAGUAUCUCACGACAUUUUCUCAUGUCCUCCUUUCAUCCUGUCCUCUCUUUUAACUUUCACAAACUCUUGUCAGCCUAGGUUCCCUCAGGCACAAGAGAUACCUGUUGGAGGCCUCCUUUUACACAGCCAGGGAUGGCAUCAGUGGAUUUCAAGACCUAUGUGGAUCAAGCCUGCAGAGCAGCUGAAGAGUUUGUUAAUGUCUACUAUACCACCAUGGAUAAGCGGCGACGGAUGCUGUCUCGCCUGUACAUGGGAACAGCGACCCUUGUUUGGAAUGGAAAUGCUGUUUCUGGACAAGAGUCUUUGAGUGAGUUCUUUGAACUGUUGCCUUCCAGUGAAUUCCAAAUUAAUGUGGUAGACUGCCAACCUGUUCAUGAUGAAGCCACACCAAGCCAGACCACAGUCCUCGUUGUCAUCUGUGGAUCAGUAAAGUUUGAGGGUAACAAACAACGGGACUUCAACCAGACCUUCAUCCUCACUGCUCAAGCCUCACCUAAUAACACAGUGUGGAAGAUAGCAAGUGACUGUUUCCGCUUUCAGGACUGGGCUAACUAGGCAUCCAAGAAAGGCCCCUCUUUUGAUCCCAGC